GACAUCCCCCGAGGACGUCCCUGGAGGAAGUUUCCUUGUGGCGUGGCCGUUUCAUACCGCUGUCCAUGGGAAAAAUACAAGCAGGGGGCCUCCAUGUCCGAAAUUCGAAUUUCGACUGACGGCAGCGACAAGGACAACAAUGUUCGGCUGGCGGCGCGAAGACGGUGUAGUGCUGAGCCGGGCUCAGCGGGACUGUCCCUUCCGCCCACCUACCACUGUCGUUGCUGGAGUUUCUCGUCGUUGACCUUCUUCCACGUGGAGUGCGCCAUCGUACACAUUUCCGCCGGGAGGACUGCAUCCAAAGAAAGGCGGCAGCUUCGUUGGACGUCUUCUGCUUGUGAUCUGCCGCGUGGAAGGACAACACAUACGGCAGUGGACGGAUGGAUCUGUGUGGAGGUCGCGGCUAUGGACGUCAGCGGAGAGGGUGGACAUGCGGUGUUGACAUCUCUUGAGGGGGCGGCCGUGGCGGCGGCCGUGUCCACCGUUGUUCUUCGAUGUCAGCAGGAGAGGGCGCUGGGACGAAUGGAGGCGCAGUUGCGAGCGCGUAGACACAGGGCAUUGACGCGAGGUCGGCAUGAACUCCCUGACGUAGUGGCGACGUCGGAGGCUGUCAUUCACCUGUGCCUCACGUUGGGUUGCGGAGUGCUUCCGCGAGCGACGCUGAGGUGGUGGAUGAAGCGAAGGACUGGAGGCACGUGGCAAGACCUCAGGCAAUGCGACGACGCGACAGACGACUACUUCCGGGAGAAGCUACGCAUGUCGCCGCGAGUGUUCCGGGAAAUCGCGGAGGCAUGUGCGCCUCAUCUUCAGCGGCGGGUGACGUUCUACAGGGAACCUUUGCAGCCAGACCAGAUUGUGGCGUAUGCACUACACAGGUGGGCGUCGGGGGAGACCUACGAGAGCAGCACGUGUAACUUCAGAAUUAGUAGAGCUUCUCGCCUGGUGGCUGUACGUGACGUGACUGCCGCGCUGCUUUGGGUGUACGGAGAUAAGUUUGCCUGGCCGACUGGAGUUCGCAAACGUGUUGUUCUGCAGGCGUUCGCUUACAAAGGGUUCCCCAAUUGCCACGGUUGCAUUGACUGCACUCAAAUCUACGUCGACAAGCCAGUGAACACCCCGAGCAAGAAUUACUAUGACAGGAAGCGGCGUUUCUCCAUCGUCGCGCAGGUCGUCAUCGACCUGGACUUGCACGUACUCAAUGUGCACAUGGGAUCCCCGGGUAACUGCCACGACAUCAGGGUGCUCCAGUUAUCCAACCUGUGGAGGCACGCGAAGUCGGGGUCAUUGUUUCGUGGUCCCCCUGUGACACUCCCCUUCGGGGUGCAGACGAACGACUAUGUUUUGGCGAACAAUGGGUAUCCCCCUUCGGAAUGGAUGGUCGUCCCCUACGGAGGCUUCAAUCAGCAUGUCGACAAGGAGCGCUUUGACAACAAACAGAAGGUGGCGAGGGGAGCGGUGGAGAGGGGUUUUGGCAGGCUGAAAGGCAUGUGGAGGCUUUUUCUGCGGACGCACAAAACCAACUUGGGCACGCUCCCACAACAGUUCACUGUCGGCUGCAUACUGCACAACAUUCUGAUCGACGCUGGAAUUCCAUUCGACUAAAAUCUGCUAUGGGAGGUGGACGCUGACGAUGUGCGACGACGUGUGGACCUCGGGAUUCAUGAGACCU